UUGUUUUUCGGUGUCUUUAACAAAACUCUGCGAAAAAACUUGUUUGGUUUUCAAUUGUGUUGAAUUGUAAAUUACCAACAUGAGCAGCUCGAAGAAAAAGAUUAAAAGUGAUCAAAUACCCAAGCCUAUAAACAUUAAGAAGGAAAAAUCGGAGGAGGAUCGAACACUUCAUCCUAUUUCUCACUACAUCGAUGAUCGCCUUGAGUUGGUCAAACAAAUAUUUGCUACACUGAAACCAAAGACAAUUAUGAAUUUAGCGCCAGCGUUUUUAAAGGAAUCUAGCUUGGAUGAAGUCGAGGAACUUUGUCUAAAUGAGCUGCUUUGCAUUUCAACUAAGCGACUGAAGUCAAUUAUCGAAGACUCGCGUUGUCCCACGGACACAGAGAGCUCUGAGGAUUCGGACGUAGAGCACAAGGAGGAGCACAUAUCGCUAGAAGAGAUAUCAUCGGACAGCGAUAUCGAGGGCAGUCAGCUGCGUCGUGCUAACAAAUUGCGGAAAUCAAGCGCUAAAAGAGCCGAUAAAAUCAAUGAAAAUAAGGAACCGGAUGGACAGAUCAGUGUGCUGGAGCUGCUUGAGCUCCAGGCGAGAGCGCGUGCUAUUCGCUCCCAGCUGGCCAUGGAGCCCAUAACAAAGAUCGAGGUGAAGUCGGAUGAUGAUGACGAAGAGAACGAGGCGACCAAGAAGCUGUCGGACAAGGAGAAGCGCAGUCACAAGCGAAAGUCGAACGAGUCGACAGCAAACAAGCCAGCUAAGAAUCAGGAUCAACCACAAACCAAUGGCAAUACCAAUGGAAAAUCAGAUCCAGCUCCUACGAAAAAGAUUAAGCUGAAGCGCAAUUAUCGUACGUCCACUAAAUCGCCGGAAAAGCAAGCCGUUAGCAAUGCAAAGGAACCUGAGAAGAAGGCAGAGCCGGUACUGGAGCAAAGCAAAUCACGUUCUGCCUCACCAGAUGUAAUACCAAUACCAACUGAGCCAGAGACACUGCUCAUAAGUGACAGCACGGAUGACGAGAGCAAGCAACCACCCAAGCAGCCAGUCGCAACAACAACAGCAGCAACAACAACAACAACCGCAACAGCAACGACAGCCGCACCAACUGCAGCAACGGCUCCCGCUGCUGUGUCACCAGAGGCACCUGCUACUGCUCCAGCUCCAGCUCCAACUCCAGCUGAGGAAAGCGAACCCGAAGAGGGCGAGGUGAGAGAGGACAGCGAAAAUGAAGCUGAAACGCAGCCAGCAGCUCCCAACGAGCAGAAGCAAGCAACUGAGACGGAAGCGCCUAAAGAAGUAGCAGAAGUAUUAGAAAAAAAAGCUGAAGCCACAACAGAGAAAGCAGCCACAGCUGAAGGGGCACCCGUUGAAACUGUGGAACAAUCAAAUAUAAAAGCAGUAGAAGAAGCAGCCGAACACCCCGCUGCAGAUGAUGAAGAUCAAAACGAUGAUGUCAUAUCCAUCGGCGGCGAUUUGGAAUUGAUUGAGGAACUGAAUACUGUAGAAGACGAGCCAGUAAAAGUCAAAAGUGAAGAGCCAGAGAAGGUAGGCGAGCCGGAUGAAGAAGACAACGAUGUCAUAUUGCUAAACACCAGCGACGAUGAUCACGAGAAGCUGCAGGAUACAAACUCAGAGUCAUGGCGCACUCGUUACCUGAAGAGCUCCAAGGUCAGUCAGGUGCUAGCAGCCUCGCGGCUGGGCAAGCGCGUGCGUGACAAAAUUAAGAAAUCGAAUCGCGCACAAAAGCGCAACGAUUCGAAGUCUGGCAGCGAUGAGAAGUCAACGUCUCAGCAACAGCAGCAACAACAAGAACAGGCUCAAUUUACCUCGAAGCAUGAGGAUGGUUCCAUAGAACAAUAUCAGGAACUACUACAGCACCGCCAGCGCAAAAGCUCAAGUAGCAGCAAGGGAGACAAAUAAACGACUCAGCGCAGCGAUUGUUAUUGAAAACUCGCUUAGUAUAUAGCCAAAUUAUAUGGCAUAUAAAAAUAAAUAAA